AUGCAAGGAGAGACGAAAGGCUAUUUGGCCGCUCCGAACAUGCUGCUGUCAAGCAAGAUCCAAAUUCAAAUUCGCCCACUGCCACUGUGCCUGCGACUGUCAUCCGCUUGGCCGCAUCGGAACGCCUCUGAAGGUUGUCGGGAGGAUUACAGCAAUGGACAAAUGUCGAAUGAGCAAGUCUAUGCCUUUUGCAGGAAUGCAGACGACCAUGCGGUGAAGUCACAGAAGAGGAAAAGGACCGCAGGGGUCCACAAGAUCAAAGCUCAUCGCAACGUCAGCGAGGCCUGUCGUCAGUGUCCCGCAAAUUCAGAAGGAAAUUUCCACGGACCUCGAGUUGGUGACUGA